AUGGCUCGCUUGAGUCCCCAGGAUAUUCUUGCUACGUCCUUCUGUGUGCUGGUGAGCGCAUGGUUCUUCCUCCGUCGUCGAAGGGCGGGACGGUACCUCCAUCCGCCAGGGCCGAGGCCUCUACCCCUCCUAGGGAACUUGCUGGAUGUGCCUGACCCUUCCGGCUUUCCUUGGAAGACGUAUAUCGAAUGGGGCCAACAACAUAGGUCCGACUUGGUCCGUAUGUCAGUGUUGGGCACAAACAUCGUCGUCAUUAACACCUUGGAAAUGGUGAACGAGCUACUUGACAAGCGGUCAAGCAUCUACUCCGAUAGGCCUAGAAUGAUUAUGCUUAACGAGCUCUGUGGAUUUGGAUGGGGUACAGCGUUUAUCCCAUAUGGUGACCGGUGGAGAGACCAUAGAAGGAUCGUUCACCAAGAGUUUCGCUCAGGACCUGUGAAGCGCUUCCGGCCAAAUGAGCAGAAGAGCGCGACCCGUUUUUUGGUGAAUCUGCAUAGGCAUCCGGAGAAGCUCAUGGAUAACCUCCGCCACUUAUCCGCAGCUACGAUUAUGUCGAUAGCUUACGAUAUCGAUGUCGCAUCCCUCGACGAUCCUUACAUCCACACUGCAGAGGCGGCAGGUGACUCUAUCUCAGAGACUACCAUCGCCGGAGCCUUUCUCGUGGACAUCAUUCCAUUCCUAAGAUAUGUGCCGGAAUGGUUUCCGGGUGCGGGUUUCCAAAAGAAAGCGAAGCACUGGCGUGUUGCGGUCGAGAGAUUGCGCGACGCCCCUUAUGACAAUGCUUUGAAGCGCUUCACGGCUGGUAAUCUGGGCGACUGUACUGCCAAGUUUGUCAUCGAAUCGUUCGGCAAGAAUGCGAAGGACCCUAUGUACGCCGAUCACAUUAUGCGCUCCGUACUUGGCUCUAUCUACGUUGGUGGUGCGGACACUACCGUCUCUGUUCUCGGAUCGUUCUUCCUGGCUAUGACCCUCCACCCGAAGAUACAAGAGAAGGCGCGCUCCCAGCUAGACCGGGUCAUUGGUCCCCACUGUCUACCAGGCUUCUCAGAUCAACCUUCUUUGCCUUACAUCGAAGCCAUUCUUAGAGAAAGCCUCCGCUGGAACCCGGUCGUACCUCUGGAUGCCCCCCACAUGUCCACUCAAGACGACAUGUAUAAUGGGUAUUUCAUCCCCAAGGGAACCCUUGUCAUCGCCAACAGCUGGGCCAUCCUUCACGACGAGAAAGCAUACGGAACCGAUGCGUCCGACUUCAACCCGGAUCGUUUCUUGCGGCCCGACGGCACUCUGGACCUGGACGUGCGUGAUCCCUCGGUCGCGGCGUUCGGCUUCGGGAGGCGCAUCUGUCCCGGGCAGUACAUGGCGCUAGACUCGAUGUGGUUCACUAUAGCGAACGUCCUCGCGCUUUUCGAGAUCAAGAAGGCGGUGGACGAAGAUGGACAGGAGGUCACACCCGACGUGGAGUACAAUCGUGGGUUCUUUCACCCGAAGCCCUUCCCUUGUGUCAUCAAGCCGCGUUCAGCGGAGCACGAAGCGAUCUUGCAUGAGUUGGCGCACCAGGAGGCGUGA